AUGAAGUACUCGCUCGUCUUUGUUCCGCUCGUCGUGGCCGCGGUCGACGUCUCGGCUCUCCCCGCCAACGCGACCACCCCCACCCCCACUCCCACCUCGAAAGUCAACGAGUUUCAUCUUCCCAAGAACCACGGGGCUACAGUACCACAAGGGCGACCCUUGGCGCAACAAUUAGCCUGGCAGUUUGCGUAAGUACUUCGGAUCUGGACUGACUGGGCCCCAUUUCCAAGCAGAAUUUUAGCUAA